UGGCGUUCCAUAGUGUCAAUCAGUACUCAAAAAAAAAAAAAAAACAAGAGGUAAAGCCUCAAACAAGAUGGUUGCUAGGCCUGGCACUGGUCACUUGUCGAAAUCUUAAUGUAAACAAAUUCUAUAAAGAUAGUAGUACGGUAUUGCAGAUUUUCAACUUAAGUCAGUCAUUAAAUGGCUGAAGAAUCAGAAAGAUGAAUCGACAUGCGAGAUCCGGUAGUGCUGGCAUUGAUAGUAGGGCAUUCAGGGAAGCUAUAGCCAGAAUGCGACAGGAGGUGCUAGAAAGUAGAGCUGAAACUCAGAGAGUUAAGGACCAACUCAACUGUUUGAUAUUGCUUAUAAAGCGAUCAUGGAAUGGAGACAAAGCCGCAACCGUGCAUGUUUCAAAUAUUGUGGGUAUGGCCCCUCCAAUGUUGCUAAUGGAAGAACCUGUUAAUGAGCAGAAUGAAAAAUAUGUUCCAGGAAAGUCAAGAGCGUAUAAUCACUGGGCAAUGCUUACGCUAGGCCUCCUCAAUCAACAUUACAAACAUCUAGAGGUUCAUGCUCUGGCUAGGGCCAAGGCAAGGCUCGAGAGUAGGCAGAGCUACCUAGAAGAGCAGCUAGCCUACCAUCGUGACUUGGUUCUUCAGACAAAGUCGAUGUCCUUUUCUGUUCCAGUAAACAGUGGAAAUUUCUUUGUAACAGAACAGAAGGAACACAAAAAUGGCAAGUUGGCAGUACUAAGCAAAGAUAAAAGACCUGUGUCUGGAAAAUCCACUUUCCAUGUUACUAGUACUGAAACACAGAAGGAAGCAAGUCCAAAUGAUAUGCUGGAUAUAAUACUGGACACUAGCUCAAGAACAAAAACAUUCUGCAAACCCGGCCUGUUUGAUGCUAGCCAAGUGGUUGGUGACCGCCCAAAGCCAAAGCGACCGGUAAGUGGACAGCAGCAAAGGAAGGCUGACAGUACAAGAGCAAGACCAUCAAGUGCAGUUGUAACAAAGGGUGAGCGACCACUGAAGUCAGAGACAACUCGACCUGUUUCUACUGGAAUAUUCAAAGGUCAAAGAGCUAAAUCAGCAAAGGUCAGAGGCCAUGAAUCCAAUAACACCAAGACACUACAUUCUUUAAUUAAUCCUACAAUGUCAAAGGUGAAAUUUGACAAAAAAAAUAUACAUCAUAAGGACUCCAUAUCGGACGAUUUGAGGAAAAUGGAAAUUAUGGAAGAAGAAUUUACGAAGACUACUAAAUUAUUACAAGAAAAACUUGGUAUACAGGGGGGUGGUAUCAUUUGAGGUUUAGACAUAGAGUUAUAAUAAUUUAAGAAAAUGAUAUUUAUGUAAUGCCUACCCAAAAUAUGAUGCCACAUGAUAAAGCUGUCUAAAGUGCAAGUUUUCCAUAUAUGGGUGUGAUAUGACAUUGUCAUGCCUAUAUAUGGGCAAUUCAUAUAUUUUUCACCAACACCUUGACACCUUAAAGUUGACAUAUACUAGAGUGCUAACUAAGCAAAUAAGACUAAGUAACAUUUGUGUAUUUUUGCCUGCAAAAGGGAUUUGUCUUCCACAAUUUGUCAUGAAAGCCAAAGGAACUUUUACUUGUGAAACAUUUUAACCUGAUGUGUCAGUUUGUCACCAGUCACCAGUUUUAUUAUUUGUAAUAAAGCUCUCAGUUCAUGCAUUUAAAGUGGCCAUUUUCAUGGUUAAGGAAUGUAAAGCUUAAUCCAUCCAUUUACAAAUAUUUAUAUUUAUUUUUUUCAUUAUAUGUGUUGUAGGUUCAAGUAGAUUUUCACGAUAAAAUAUACAUUUACUGCACAUUGUAAUGUGUUGUCAACAAGACAUGUCAGGUUUAAUUGUUUGCAUGUAGUGUAAGUCAGUUUUAGAAACACCUGGUUUUUGGUUUGUGUAUUUAUUGGAAAGAGAUAAUAGAGAAGAUGGUACAUAGACAAGGUGGUAAACUGAAGGGGGCACAAAUGUCAGGAUUUAGGGAGGUGGCAUGCCAACCCCGAUUCCCUUUUUGGAAAGUAAAAAUAAAAAAAGAAAUUAUUGAUUGCCCAAAAUGCCUUGGAGGUUAUUUUUAAUUUCUUUCCGGGCAUCUAAAAAAAAAGAAAUUCCCAGGGGCCCCCUAAGGUAGUGGUGUCUCUCGAUAGACCCCCUUUCGGACAUCUCUGCAUCCACCCCUCUCCUAACAGGUGCUGACUGUCAUUUUAUCUUAAUGAAAAAAACCUGUGAUAUCCAUCCUAGUACUACUGUAUUGAGAAAACAAACAAAUUGUUUCAUUUCAAAGUGUAGACAAAUAUUCCAUCCAAAUUAGCAGGCUGUUAAGUAUUUUGUAACAAAUGAAAUGUAGUGUUAAAUAGUCAGUGUGCGCAUAAUUUACAUGAUUAGUAUUAUUUCUUUUUACUUUUUGUACAUGGUUCCAGAAAACCUGUAGACUUGGAUAUACCUGCAUUGAUGGUGCAGCAACUCCAAUGUUGGUCUUGGAUUACUAAGAGUUGCCCAGCCCCACCAUGGUAUUUUCUUUGGGUAACAAGUGAGGUAACACAUGGGAUUUUUACUGUUCCUAGUGAAUGGGUUGAUAUUAUGAAGUGAUUUGAGUAUUUGUCCAGACUACUGUAUCUCAGCUUCCCUAUAACUGAGCAAAAUGUUAUGCCUAUGGCACCUCUAGGUGGCUAGAAAUGGCACUCUCUUAGAUUUAUAUGUACUGUAUUUUUCUUUUUUCUAAUUUUUAAUAAUAAAAAAAAAA